AUGAAACUUUUUGAAUUUGUUUCUAUCAAAUUAAAGCCCGUUUUCAAUCAAACGGUUGUAUGUGCUAAUUACGACCAGAAUCUCGGGUUCUGGAGGGUGAGGACGAAGACAACAGAGUACGUUAGCAGGUGGCUGAUCGUGGCGACGGGGGAGAAUGCAGAGGCAGUGGUACCUGUAUUUGAAGGAAUGGAGGAUUUUGGUGGAAGUAUAAUGCAUGCAAGCUUGUAUAAAAGUGGGGAAAUUUUUAGAGGGAAAAAGCUGUUGGUAGUUGGAUGUGGGAAUUCAGGAAUGGAGGUGUGUUUGGAUCUGUGUAAUCAUGAUGCAAGCCCUUCACUCGUGGUUAGAGAUACUGUGCACGUCCUGCCACGAGAGAUGCUGGGGAAAUCAACUUUUAGGCUAUCCAUGUGGCUACUAAAGUGGUUGCCCGUGCGACUUGUCGAUCGAUUUCUGUUAUUUACUUCUUGGUUAUUGCUCGGUGACACUGCUCGACUCGGCUUGGAUAGACCUAAGAUAGGGCCACUAGAGCUAAAAAACUUGUCUGGAAAAACCCCAGUGCUUGAUGUUGGGACGCUUGCUAAGAUUAAAAGUGGUGAUAUUAAGAUAUGUACUGGAAUUAGGAGAUUAUUAAAGCAUCACAUGGUGGAAUUUGUGAAUGGGCAAACGGAAGAAUUUGAUGCAAUAAUCAUGGCAACUGGUUACAAAAGCAAUGUGCCAUCGUGGCUAAAGGAAAGAGAGAUGUUCUCAGAGAAAGAUUGUUUACAAAGAAGGCCAUUUCCCAAUGGGUGGAAAGGAGAGUGUGGGCUUUAUGCAGCGGGAUUCACCAAACUUGGCUUGCUUGGUGCUUCCAUGGACGCCAAGAAAAUUGCACAGGACAUUCAUCAAUAUUUUCAAUGAAAUAUAGGUAUCACUUGAAAUUUUCCUGAAGCAAGAUAUCUAAAAGAAAAACAAAACAUUAACUAACAUUAUGUUCAGAAUGUAUACUUGAUCGAUUAGACUCAAAGGUCACUUAAAACAAAAAACAUUGCAUACUUGGCCAGAAACAUGUAAAAGUUGUAAAUUUUCAGUUUGUAAUUCUUGUUCAUCAAAUAAAGCUCAUCAGCAUCUUUU